AUGGUGGCUCCUCAGGCUUUCUCCCGGCUGGUUGCUGCCGAGAUCGAUGGCCGAUGUCAGAAUAUUCGAUACCGCCAGAACCAAUUCCAUCGACUGCAGGCUGCUCUCGUCCAGCAAAUUGACCAGAUCAAAAAUGCGAUCCAAAUAGACUCUGGGAAUGCCCCGGAGGAAGUUCAGGCUGAGAUUUGUCUGGCGCUGAAGGAAAUUCGGACACACUACCUGUCUCUGGAUCUAGAGACCGACCUGGAGCAGGAGUAUCAGGUUGCGCACGGAAAGGAUAAUGGCGGCGCUCUUCGCGGGACAGGUAUCGUCUACAUUAUCCCCGCCACUCACACGCUGCUCUUUUCGGUGAUUUCUGCUCUUAGCGCUGCUAUGGCCGCCGGCAACUGUGUUAUUCUGGAGGUGACCAAGAACACCACCAUGUCUCUUGCUCCGCUCCUCCGCCAGAUUCUCGCUCGGGCCCUGGAUGCGGACACCUUUGCGAUCAGCGAGGAGAGACCAGAUGCGGCGUUUCUCCACAAGGUGCUAGUAGUCGCACAAAGCGACGUAUCCCAUGUCUCUGGGCCGAGCCUCAUUUCACCCACCACGGCCAGAACUGUCGCAGUGGUCGACCGCACCGCGGCUGUGAGAGCUGCUGCCCAGUCGCUGGUGACGGCGCGAUUCGCAUUCGGCGGUCGCUCCACAUACUCUCCAGACGUGGUUCUCGUCCAAGAAUUCGCCAUGAAGGAGUUUGUCGAGGCGAUUAUCCACCAGUCUUCUAAAUAUCUUUCCGGUCCGGCCGGCGAGGCCAGACAAAACGCAGUUCAUCCUCGUCGAUCCAGUCCCGGGUUGUCUUUCUUGGAUCUGGCGCACCAGGAUGCGAGUGCAAGGGUGCUUGUGGCCGGGUCCGGAUGGGGGAUUGUCGAAGUUCACGACCGCAAAUCUCCUCUUCUGCAGCGAAAGGUCGACGAGAAAGUGCUAGUGCUGCACCCUGUAACUAGCCUAGAUGACGCGAUUGAUUUUACCAGCUCGUUGGGAACCCUGGCUGCGACAUACGCUUUCGGCUCGCCGGCCGCCGCCAAAUACCUGACCCAGUUCAUCGAUGCCUACGUUUCAUGGAUAAACCAAGUCCCCGUGGAGAUGUUGCUUGGGCCUGCCUCGCCUGUGAAUGGCCCUCUCAGCCGGGGAACCCGUUACCCUACGAAUCUAUUCCAAGUUCCGCGGCCCCAGCUCGUCACCGAAACUAGCAACACCAGGCUUGUGCGCCGUGUCCUUGACCAGGCUGGCUCCCAGAAGUCUGUUGCGAUAUGGAAUGAAGCGAUGGCCCCACUGCCUUCGACUGGGCAGCGACCUGGGCAGAGGAUUGGGUUCUUCGAGCAAGGCAUUAUUACCGGUGGAGUGGUUACUCUGGUUUCGUUGGUGGCGACCGUGUCUACAUUAGGGUAUUAUACGUAUACAUGUGUGAGGAAGGUUGCUUAG